GCAGCGUCUCCGACUGCGCCGGCGGAGACCGGGAGCCAGAGAGACCGCGGGGCCGGAGAGACCGCGGGGCCGGUGGGCCGGGUCUGGCUUCGGCUCCAGAGCGAGCGGCGAGCGCACGGUGCACAGCGGGGCCGGCCGCCUGCGGAGCCCCGGAGGCCCGCGGGCUGCCGCGAUGUUCCCCAAAGAGACGACGUGGAACAUCUCGUUCGCGGGUUGCGGCUUCCUCGGCGUCUACCACGUCGGCGUGGCCUCCUGUCUCCGCGAGCACGCGCCCUUCCUAGUGGCCAACGCCAAGCACAUCUACGGCGCCUCGGCUGGGGCGCUCGUGGCCACGGCCCUGGUUACCGGGGUCUGCCUGGGUGAUACUGGCGCCAGCAUCAUCGAGGUGUCGAAGGAGGCCCGGAAGCGGUUCUUGGGCCCACUGCACCCCUCCUUCAACCUGGUGAAGACCAUCCGUGGCUGCCUGGUGAAAAUCCUGCCCGCCGACAGCCACGAGCGGGCCAGCGGCCGCCUGGGCAUCUCCCUGACCCGCGUCUCCGACGGCGAAAAUGUCAUCAUAACCCGCUUCGCCGCCAGGGAGGAGCUCAUCCAGGCCAACGUCUGCAGCACCUUCAUUCCCGUGUACUGCGGCCUCAUUCCACCUGCUCUCCAGGGCGAGCGCUACGUGGACGGUGGCAUCUCAGACAACCUGCCUCUCUACGAACUCAAGAGCACCAUCACCGUGUCCCCCUUCUCGGGCGAGAGCGACAUCUGCCCGCAGGACAGCUCCACCAACAUCCACGAGCUCCGCGUCACCAACACCAGCAUCCAGUUCAGCCUGCGCAACCUCUACCGCCUCUCCAAGGCCCUGUUCCCGCCCGAGCCCCUGGUGCUUCGAGAGAUGUGCAAGCAGGGUUACAGGGACGGCCUGCGCUUCCUGCGGCGGAACGGCCUCCUGAACCGGCCCAACCCCUUGCUGGCGCUGCCUCCCGCCUGCCCCCGUGCCCCCGAGGAGGAAGAUGCCCCGAAGGCCGAGGUGGCCGAGGAGAGGGCCGGAGCCAAGGAGCCCUUGCAGCUGCCCACAAGUGAUAGCAUCCUGGAGCACCUGCCCUCGAGGCUCAAUGACGCCCUGCUGGAGGCCUGCAUGGAGCCCACGGACCUGCUGAGCACCCUGUCCAACCUGCUGCCCGUGCGUCUGGCCACAGCCAUGAUGGUGCCCUACACGCUGCCGCUGGAGAGCGCCGUGUCCUUCACCGUCCGGUGCGGGCCGGGGGAGGGCCCUUGGGACCCCCCGAGUCGUGGGCACCCCAGGGAAGACAGAGGCAGCUUGCUGGAGUGGCUGCCCGACGUCCCGGAGGACAUCCGGUGGAUAAAGGAGCAGACAGGCAGUAUCUGCCAGUACCUGGUGAUGCGCGCCAAGAGGAAGCUGGGCAGGCACCUGCCCUCCAGGCUGACGGAGCAGGUGGAGCUGCGGCGCUCGCAGUCGCUGCCCUCUGUGCCCCUGUCCUGCGCCGCCUACGGCGGGGUGCUGCCCAGCUGGAUGCGCAACAGCCUCUCGCUGGGGGACGUGCUGGCCAAGUGGGAGGAGCGCCAGCGCCAGCUGCUGCUGGGUCUCUUCUGCACCAACACUGCCUUCCCGCCCGACGCCCUGCGCAUGCUCGCCCCAGCGGGUCCUGCCCCCGCACCCUCGCAGCACCCGCCCGGCUCCCCCCCCUGCUGAGCGCCCCUGCUCCGGCCUUCUCCAGGGCCCUGGGGUCCCAGUGCUGAGGGCCGGGCCCCCCAGUCUCCCCGCCCGGUGAGGUGGGGCCCCGGGGCCAGCUGAGACCCCCCCCUCCCUGGCCUCUCUCCAUGCCCCCUGCCAAUGAGGACGUGGGGGUCCCUCCCACUGCCAGAGGGGGCUUUGCUGUCAACCAACCACUCACUUGCUGCACUGAGGGGGCAGGGGCGUGGAGUACCCCUCCCCUCCCCGCCACAGGGACCGCCUCCCCUGUGCCUUCAUCUCCCCUUCCUGGGCUGCCCCCCGGGGGCUGCGGCACCUGCGGCCCUCAGAGCACUAUUACUCCGAGAACUUGCACCUGCUCUUCCCUCCACAUCGUCCAUGUGUUGCUGAAGAAUGUGUGUGAAGAGUUAUUUAUUUUUGCCAAAGCAGAUGUAAUAAACGCCACAGCCCAG